UUCCGGUGCGCCAUUUUAAGCUGUCUGGCGCAAGUUCCACUGGGAAGAUGGCGGGUGAAACUGGUUGAAUUUUUGCGGAAAUCGAAAAUUUGUGAGUUUUAUGCCGAUAUCCGAAAACCGUCGCUGCUGUUAAUUGUGCUAAAAGCUCGGCGGUGUGUUGAAGCGCCGCGGGCGAGGAGGCGAUGUCUACCGAAGUUGUCCGACCUGGGCAGGUGGCUGGUGGAGGCAGUAAGCUAGGUGAGCUGAUCGGGAAGCUCCAUGAGUAUUUGGCAGCAGCCACUGAAGACAAGACUGAAGCUACUUUACCAGGACACUGGAAUGGAACCACGGCCAAAGAAUACUUGGAGCAGCAGGCUUGUGCCCAGUCCAGUGGCCCCUCAGAAGUGGGAAUGCUGUCAUCUCGUUCGAGAAGGAAACCGGCUGUUGUCACCAAACACAGCGGGAUGAACGAGUCGGACACUUCGUCUGAGAGUGGAGCAGAAGAUGUAAUGUCUGUGCACUCCAGCGACCCAGACACCAACGUCCUGCCAAAAGGAACGGUGUUUGUGUUGCCGGAGCCGGUGGGUAAUGAAACUCGUGAUGAUUUCCGUGGUCCAGAAUUCCGUAGUAGACGCAUUCACAAUCAGCACAGAGAUGGUGGUGACAGACGCAGAGGAGGAUAUGAGCUGGAGAGGGUGAACUGCACAGCGUGUGGUCAGCAGGUGAAUCAUUUCCAACGUGACUCAGUCUACAGGCAUCCUAUGCUCAAUGUCCUCAUCUGCAAGAAUUGUUUUAAGUAUUAUAUGAGUGAUGACAUCAGCAAAGAUUCAGAGGGGAUGGACGAGCAAUGCAGGUGGUGUGCAGAAGGAGGCAGCCUAAUUGGCUGUGAUUACUGCAGUAACGCCUUCUGUAAGAAAUGUGUUCUGCGUAACCUGGGGAGGAAAGAGCUGUCCACCAUCCUGGAGGAGGAGAGGAAGUGGUACUGUUAUGUGUGCAGUCCCGAGCCAUUGGUGGAGCUGGUUUUGGCCUGUGAUGCGGUUCUAGAGAACCUGGAGCAGGCUCAGAAACGAGCCUCCCGUACUGAGCCAAACUCAGUCCGGGGCAGGGCUAAUAAGGGUGGUCGUGGUGCGGCCUAUUUGAUGGGGCCAGGAGGCGGCCCAGUGCCCUCUGCAGGCCUUUACCAGCGAAUGCAGCGGUUUGUAGAUGUUACCACAUCUCUGAACCAUUCCUUCAAGGCAGUUGUUCAAAACGAAAGAGAGGAGGAAGGAAACCAAGAAGAGAGAAUUGGGCAGCUAAGGAUGUUCCGCACUGUGCUGGAUGAUCUGCAAGCCGCCAACAGUGCAUUACAGGAAGCCCUGGACCAUGAGCUGACUGGGUCCAAACGUGGCUGUGGAGAAACACAUAAGCCAAAAGGGAGGGUCAGAAAAAAGAAGAGAAUGUCAUCACAGAGCCUAGGACUCACUAAAAAGCUGGUGGUUAAACUCACUCCUGUACCGGUCAGCCCACAACCCAUCAGCAGAACGUGUCUUUCCAUUCAUCCAUCACCUGAGAGACAAACGAUAAACAGUGAGGUGACAGAUGGAGCACUGGAAGAAAGAGAGACAAUGGUGGAGAUAGAGAAGGAGAUGGAAAUGGAGGAAAUGACUGAGACAGGAGAAGAUGUGGAAAAUUGUGUUAAUAAUGAUGAGGAAGAGGAGGAUGAGGACCAAACUGACCCCAAAAAUGUGUCUUUAUCAGAGGAGAAUAAACGUUCUCCACGUGUGAAAACCACACCACGUCGUCGGCGGACGAACCCGAGCACCACAGCUGAGCACGCCGGUUCAGCUGAGGAUGACUCUGAUUCUGACGAGGUUCCUGAAGUGCUGCUCCAGACCGCUGCUGCCAUGGCAAACAGCGAGGAAGAGGGUUUGGUAGGUAGCAGUUGGGAUGGGGACGGGGACGAGGACGAGGUAAACCAGCAAGUCAGAAAGCAGCGUCUCUUUGGACUGGUAAAAACGACACCUCCGGACAGAGGCUCUCGUAAGCGGAAUCUCAAAGAGAGAUCCUCAUCGUCCUCAUCAUCCUCCUCUGCGUCUUCAAGGAGGGGCUCCCAGGACCAAGGGUCAGCGGUCAGAAUGACCAGGGGAAGGGCCCGCAAAGUUGCCAGGGUAACGGGACAGAGCGGGAGUUCGUCAAGUGAGGUGGGAGGACAGGAUCUGGAGAGUGGGCCGAGCAGCGACUCUGACGAUCAGAGGAUCAAGCCACUGACAGAGGACGUCACGUUGCUGGGCUCUGGAAAUUUCCAGCAGUCUUCCGGUGAUGAGAUAGACAUCCAGCCAGGUCCGUCUUUGUCUGUGGAGGACGAUGAUUUAGAAAAUAGAAUUGCGAAGAAGAUUCUGCUGGCUCAGAUCAGCGCUAACCUCUCCUCAGCAUCCGAGCUGGACGCCAGCUCCGAUGAGCAAUCAGAGAGCACGAGAGAAGAGCAGAAGAAGAGCAAGAACAUUGACAGAACAUCAGAGACAACGGAAGAGGAAGAUAACGACUCGGAUUGCAGCGGGUCACAGUCAGGGUCACGGCACCGGCACCGAUUGCUGCGACAUGGUCUUACCUUAUCAGAGGCUGAAGCAAAAAGUCAAAAGCAAGAGGUGAAGAAACCUAAGAAAAGAGAAGUCCAAGAUUUAGAAUGUGUUAUUGUGAGUAGUGAUGAAACGAGCGAAACGAGUGUAUCGAGCGGCGUGUAUGAUGAACUCAGCCAUUCAGAGUGUGAGGAAAUAGGGUCCCAGUCGCCCUCUCGUAAUGAGAAGUGUCAGAGUCCGUCACGCACACCUGACAGGAGCAGCACUGCUGAUAAUGAUGUCUCUCCAACCACUGAGGAGCAUUUGAGGGGCACCCCGCGAGGGCGGAGGCAGAUCAGACCACUUCUGGAGGUGGGUCAGCUGGCCCAGGAGACACAGAGCGCUCUGAAAGAAGAGGAGGAGCGCAGGAGGAGAUUAGCAGAGAGAGAAAAACUGAGACUAGAAAAUGAGAGCAGAGAACGAGAAGACGCAGACCCAGAGGUCAUAUUAGUGUCCGAGAAACCGGCUCAUAGCUUCACACCAUUGGUUCUCGAGCAAGAUGAUGUAACGCAUAAACCUGUGCUGCAAGUGCAUUUGCACUUUCUGAGCAAACUCAAACCACACCAGCGAGAGGGUGUGCUCUUCAUGUGGGACUGCUGCUGUGAGUCUGUUCAGAGUGUGAAGGCGACUCCAGGCUCUGGCUGUAUUCUGGCCCACUGCAUGGGUCUGGGAAAGACCUUUCAGGUCAUUGUGUUCCUUCACACAGUGCUGCUAUGUAAAGAGCUGCCACUGAAAAGGGCUCUGGUGGUUUGUCCUCUCAACACAGUACUGAACUGGAGGAGUGAGUUUGACCAGUGGCAGAGGGGCUUGAGACCCAACAUACUGUGGGUGGCAGAGCUGGCCACGGUGAAAUCUGUGGGUGUUCGUGUUGAGCUCUUGAAUGACUGGUUUACGAAUGGUGGUGUGAUGAUCAUGGGCUAUGAGGUUUUUCGUAUACUGACACACACAGAUAGCGCCAAAUACAGCAAACACAAAGAAACCUUCCGCUCAAUGCUCCUGGAUCCAGGCCCUGAUCUGGUGGUGUGUGACGAGGGUCAUGUGCUUAGGAACGCAGACUCCAGCAUCUCAAAAGCCAUGCGAGCUCUACGUACACGUAGGAGAAUCAUAUUGACAGGAACACCGCUUCAAAACAACCUUACUGAGUAUCACUGCAUGGUGAACUUCAUUAAGGAGAACCUGCUGGGUUCUCUAAAGGAGUUCCGGAACCGUUUUAUUAAUCCGAUUCAGAACGGUCAGUGCGCAGACUCCACCCCUGCUGAUGUCAGACUGAUGAAGAAUAGAUCGCACAUUCUCCAUCAGUUGAUGUCAGGAUUCAUCCAGAGACGAGACUACUCAGUCUUGAUGUCCUGUUUGCCGCCAAAGCACGAGUAUGUGCUGUCAGUCCGGAUGACGCCUCUGCAGUGUCGUUUAUAUACACACUAUCUGCAGAACUACACAGGGAAAGGAGCAGGUGUGAACAGAUUGUUUCAGGACCUUCAUGUUCUGAGUUUGAUAUGGACUCAUCCCUGGUGUCUUAAACUUGCUCAGCUGAGCAGGAAUAAGGGGAAAGAGGAAGAGCCGGCUCCUGUCUUCACAGGUCUGGGUGCAGGUUUGGUCAGCAAUUCUGUAAAUCCAAAUGAAUCUGAAAGGAAAGAUGCAACAAGCACAGGUUUAGUGGGUGAUGGAGAGAGAAAUACUGAUCCAGUCUCCUUGGUCAGCAGGUCCAAUCAAAAUCCACAGAAUCCAGAUGUCACAAACACAGCCACAAUGGAAAUUUCUGGUGGGGAAGCUGGAUUUGUUGUGGGUAACAGGCCAUCUUCCAACUGGUAUCUGCCGUUUGUAACAGCGGCUGAUGCCAAAGUGCUGGAGCAUUCUGGGAAAUUGCAGUUGCUACUGGAGAUUUUACACUGGGCAGAGGAACUACAGGACAAAGUGUUGGUGUUCAGUCAGUCUCUGAUAUCGCUGGACCUUAUUGAGAGUUUCCUCCUAUAUGCAGAUGAGACCAGGGGGAAAAAAUGUUGUCCAUACAAAGGAGAGAAAGCAUGGGUUAAAAAUAAAGAUUAUUAUCGUUUGGACGGCAACACCAGUGCUUGUGCUCGCAAGAGAUGGGCUCAAGAGUUUAACAACACUAAAAACAUAAGAGGAAGGUUGUUUCUGAUCUCCACUCGUGCGGGGUCUCUGGGAAUCAAUCUGGUCGCUGCAAACCGGGUCGUGGUGUUUGAUGCUUGCUGGAAUCCGUCAUAUGACAUCCAGAGCAUCUUCAGAGUCUAUCGCUUUGGGCAGAAAAAAACAGUAUAUGUGUACCGUUUUCUGGCCCAGGGGACGAUGGAACAGAACAUUUAUGAGCGGCAAGUUGCAAAACAGUCACUGUCCUCUCGUGUUCUGGACCAGCAGCAGAUUCAGAGACACUUCACACACAGUCAGCUGAAUGAGCUGUACCGCUUCCAGCCAGACCUACGGCCCAGUGAACACACGGAAACGCCUGUGGAUGACAUGUUGGCUCAGCUGCUGCAGAGCUGUGGGCAGCUCAUAGUAAGUUAUCAUGAGCACAACUCAUUGUUAGACCACCGGGAGGAAGAGGAGCUGAGCGAGGAAGAGCGCAGAGCAGCCUGGGAUGAAUACCGUGCAGAAAAGGCCUCUGUACAGAACUCCAAUGAACUCACCCCCAGAAACGCCAACCAGGCACUACAGCAGGCUCUGGCUUCUCUAAACUUCGCCUAUACAACCAAGAGUGUUCCUUCAACUACUUCAUUGCAUGUGAAACAAGGCAAUGCCGAAGGUUCUGCUGCUUGGGUCACUUGUAACAACUCCAACAUCACAUUUCGACUGGAGCAUCCCAAUGUGGUUUACUCAGUUCCAAGAACAAACACAUAAACCGAUCCCCCUCUCCUCCUAAAGCAUAGUUUGUGUUGGGCCUGAUAUAAAUAAGCUGCUGUAAAUAUCGGCAAUAUGAAUGUAGUUUUAACAUUAGACUACUGAAUGGACUCACAAGAUGACGUUUAGGCACACAUGUUUUGAGACCUCAAAGCAAAACCAAUUCCUUGCUGUAUUGAACGGUGUGUCUGAGAACUUCUGCGUUUCUAGCUACCUCAAAACCAGCAGGAGUAUGAAGAGAAGUCCUCGGCACAAGUAUGUGCUUUUGGACACAAUGUGGGUUCAGUAGCCUGUAUACAAAAAGACUGUUGCCAGUUUUGUUGCUAAUACGUUUUGUGUUUAAAUAUUAAAAAUACUCAUUUUUUUAAUUAAAGUUUAAAAUUCGAAAGCUCAAUCUGUGUUUACAUGUGAGCACUCUUCCUUGUUCAAAUGUUUUGUUUGUAAUAAAAUAAUAGAAGAAAUAAAAAAACACGUGCUUUGUCCUGCGGG